AUGGUUCAAGUAGAAGUGACUGAGUUUCCCACAACAACAACAAUCCGGUACAAUUCUUGCUGGCUUCAUGGUCAUAUGAGAGAACUAUGUUUGAUGAAAUGUAUAGAAGAAGAUUUUCUUAAGGUUGUGGAUUUUCGAGACAAAUCUGGAGAAGUAAAAUUCUGGGAUCCUCAUCCAAUAAUUGGCAGUAAUGAUACAUAUAGAUUGGCUAUCCAUACAGACAGAGACGUUGAUGGUGAUGCUAUUGUUACACAAGAAAUAUCUGAACAACAACUACGCUCCUUCAUAUCCAUUAAUCUCGGACAAGGUGAAAAUUGGUCUGCAGAAAUUGCAUGGUCCCCAAAAAUAUUUAACAAGUUUAAGUACCUUCAUGUUCUAGAUUUUCAAUUCUACAGUUUUGGGGACAACAAGAUAUUAGAAGUUAUCGAGGAGCUGAUCCAUCUGAGGUUUCUAAGCUUUUGCAACUCUAAUAUGGAUGAGUUGACAUUGGGAAUAUUCAAUUUGCCCUUCUUACAAAGCCUAGAUCUACGGCUGGAUUAUUGGAACGUCCCCACCAAAGUGCCAAAUCAGAAUGUCAAGUGGAAAGCUAAAAGACUGAGAAACAUCUUCUUUGAGAAUACCGAUGCAAGGCUAGUUGAUCAAGGGAAAUUCAGAUUACUUGGUUUAGAUCAGCUGGAGAGACUAUCUAAUUUUUGCAGUGAAACAAUGGAAGUAAGAGAUCUCUGCAAGUUGGUUACCCUUCAUUACUUCUCUGCCACGAUUUUUGGUAAUGAAAGCCUUUCUUUAGUCCUCAGUUGCAUUGAAGAGAAUUGGCCCCGUAUUAGACAUGUGGAGAUUCAUAUCAAGAAUUGUCAUUUUACCAGCUUGCAAAAUGAAAAUGGGGCUUCCAAUCUUUUAAGGAAGGUUUUCAUGUCCCGCAACCUACAUGGCUUGUCAAUCGAAGGAGGCCUAGGUAGAGGACUAGCCAAUUUGGGAUCAGAAUUGGCAAUAAAGCUGCAUUGGCUGGAAUUGAUUCGAUCUGAGAUGGUAGAAGACCCCUUGGAAAUGUUGGAGAAGCUUCCCAACCUAAGAAAGCUUCGAUUGGUUGGAGCUUUUGUUGGGAAAGAAAUGGUUUGUCAUGCAAUGGGCUUUCCCAAUCUCAAACAUCUUGUGCUCCAAGGAUUGCACAACUUAGAGAAGUUGAGGGUUGAUGAAGGAGCCAUGUGCAAUCUCUCUAGACUUCACAAUUCACAUUGA